AUGCGGGUGUUGGUCCUUCAGACGCCGAGGCUCACAUAUGUACAGACCCUUGACAUCAUACUGAGAGAGACCCGGCAACGCAAAGUGGACUUGGUGGUGUUGCCGGAGUUUUCGUUGGACCACCCGGCACAGUGCACGAACCAGGGCGAGCUCUCGCAUGACAAUGUUGCGUUCAUGAUGCUUGCACGGCUUGCGAAGCAGCGAAAUCUCUACAUCGUCUUAGGGAGUGUGGAGGAGCGCUGCCAAAGUGAGGGGCAGGUGCACGACACCUGCGUAGUCUUUGAUUGCCGGGGGGAGAUGAGAUUCCACCGCAAAGGGAGCAAAGGGAGCAAAGAAGCGAGUGCCAUUGAUGCGCCUCCAUUGAGUCCAGCGCCAGUGUUCGACAUGGAGGGCUUUGGCACCGUGGGGCUUCUGAUCGGGAGCGAGGUGGAGGACUCCGUGAAAUGGUCCAAUCUGCUGUGCUGGUCUCCCCGUCCGUGCCUUCUGCUGAACCCCUGCAGCGCCCCGAUCCAGCUGGAUGCCGGGCUGGCCAAGGCUCACCCGGAGCUGCAAGUUGCCGCCUGGCAUCAAGGCUUCAGGUGGAUCGAGGCUCUGGUGGCUGCGCGGCUGCGGGGAGGACCGCCUGGACCGCCUGUGGCUUUCGUGAGGGCGGAUGCGCCCCUUCGCCAGGGCGGUGCAGGGCAGUCUCUUCUAAUUGAGCCUCACCGAUCGAUCCUGUGCCCUUGCUGGGGAACUUGCGCGCUGGUCCUGGAGCCCACGAUCACUUUGCAGGCUUUCGCCUCCCGGAAAUUGCCCAAGUGGCGGGAGCUGACAAUGGAUGAGAUCAUCCAAAGUCAGGACCGUGAGCUCCUGAAGUUGGAUCGCGUGGAGACAGGGCCUCGCUAUCACGUUUGGACCUUCCUGUCCCCACAAAACCCGCACAACUCAAGCGCACUGUCCGCGUCGAGCGGCGAUUGGACGGGUCUCUGGGAUACAGCCAGCGAGCUCCCAAAUCCCAAUCACCUAAGGGAGGCUGUGGAGGGAUCUCUGUGCCGGAACGCUACCUCCUUGCUGCUGCCGCUCUUCAACCCGGAGCGGCAGCUCUAUGUCAUCGCCGAGAAGGCGUCGGGCCAGAUCACGCUGUGGGACCUUCGGCACCGCUGUUCGUGGCACAGCUUCUGUCUAAGCACCGAACCCUCGCCCAGGCAACGGCGCCUCACCCGCGAAACCGUGGGUGUGGGCGUGCAAGUCACGGCUUUGGGGCCAGGGCCUAGAUUCCACUUCGCCCUUGCUGGGAGAUGUGAGAAAGGGAAAGAAAGAGGGGAGAAAGAGGAGAAAGUUGAGGUGAAAGUCAAAGAGGAGAAGGAGAUCCUUUUUCAGAUCUUUGACAUGCGUGUUGGGACUGGGCGGCUCUUGCGGCAGAUGCAGCUUCCUGUGGCAGAGUUGCCAUGGCAUCAGUGGCCCCCAUGGGAAAUGGUGGGAACAGCUGGAACAGUUGGAACAGUUGGAACAGUUGGACCAGUUGGAGCUCCUGGAGCUCCAGCCCUUCCAGCCCUUCCAGCCCUUCCAGCCCUUCCAGCCCUUCCAGCCCUUCCAGCCUCUGCGGGUUCCGUAGCGGCUCAUUUUGGAGCAGCUUCUGUAGAUAUCUCCUUCGUCUGUGCGUUCCAGGACUCACUCGUUGCCAUCGCUGCGACAGAAAGCCGUCCUGAAGUCGCUCUGCGGCUGGACUUCGAGGCUGCUUCCGUGAAGAUCAUUGACAUCUACCGCGGAGGCCCACCACCAGCUUCAAACUGGGCACCAGAUGAGGAAGAAAUGGAAGAAACGGCAAGGAUGACAAGGCCAGCUGAUCCAGAGCGGGACAGGCUGGUCAUGGUCACGGCAAUUCCGGCUCAGGCCUUCCAAGAGGAUCAAGAGGAUCAGACACAUUCAGGGAUUUCAGGGUUGCUUUGCCUGUGGAGAAGUAACCGACUCUGCAUUCUCAGUUCGGACUGGAAGGUCUAUGAUCAAAUGCUGUUAGACGACACAGCACCCUUGAGGACUCGCACGGACAUACCUAUCUGUGCUACAUUGCUCAGUGAUUUCAGUGAUAGUGACGGUGGAGGUUGCAGCCUUCUGGUCUCCUACACAUCAAUGAUUCUCCGGUGGUGGCGGGUAUCUUUGCACGCAAGCAUCCAGCAAGCCUGCUUGGUACUCCACUCGCCUGUAACGCACUUGGCAGCAUUAAGCUGCGAUUUGAACGUGCCGAACGAGAGACCAGUAGAGAGCCGACAGAGAGAGUCAAGCCAUCAAAAGCAUGCUGCGGAGAGGGCUCACAGUACGUCCUCUGCUUCUCCCUCCAUGCCGGACAGACCGGACAGACCGGACAGUGUCCACAAUGUGGAAAGCCUUCACGGCCACGGCAGCCUUGCCGAUACUUUGGAGCCGAAUGGAGGUUUGACAGAGAGCACCGCCCACAUUCUUGUCGCAGCCAUGGAUGAAACCAGAGCAGUGACUCUUUUUCUUGGCUACGGUGCAAACAUUAAGCCCGUGUACAGUGUGGAUGAGACAUGGGGUGCGACAGUCGUGGAUGGGAUCUGGAUCAUGGACACCCACAUUGCGCUCUUGCUCCGGAGCGGCGAUGUGCGACACAUUGAGUUCGACUUCAACAGCGAGCUCAUGCGACUCGGCGAUCUUUUCACAGAGGCAUGA